AUCUCUCUCUCUCUCUCUCUCUCUCUCUCUCCACACACACAAGAAUUAUGAAGGGGAAGCUCCUCAGAGCAUACCUCAACAAGUGGAGGAAGAUGGGACGCAGAGUCCUCCCUUCUGCAGUAUGUGAUAGCUGCUGCCAAUGGGCUUUGUGGCCUUCCAUGCACGAGGGGAACUACUCCAUUCCAAGAGAUGUCCCAAAGGGUCACUUGGUAGUGUAUGUUGGUGAAAACAACAAGAGGUUUGUGAUCAAAAUCACAUUACUCAAGCAUCCCCUCUUCAAGGCAUUAUUAGAUCAAGCUCAGGAUGAAUACAAUUUCACUGCAGCCUCGAAACUAUGCAUUCCCUGCGAAGAGCACACUUUCCUCAGUGUCAUUCGCUGUGCCAGCUCUCAGCGGGAUAGAAGGAUCUCUUUGUGCAUCUGAUGUUUUCGUCAUGGAGCUCAGGCAAAUAUUUUGAUCCAUGAUGUUUUUUUAACUCCUAAUUGGAUUAAUUAAUGAUACUAUAUGACUAUGAUCUGUUCUGUACCAUGUAGAACUGUAAUACAUAUGCAUGGCCUCCAGCUCAUAAUUGUAUUUUUCUUUCAAGGGCAGUGGAAAAUCUAUGCUCUGCUAAUGAAGUGAUUUCAGCAACUCA